AUGGAACGAUAUUUGAAUUUGAACAAAAGAAAAGCUCCACCAUCUGGUAUCGACUUGGAUGAUUUUCAGUGGGAUCCAACUAAGCGGAAAAACAUUCUAGACUACCCUUAUAAUCAAAGAGAUGAAGUACGGCGCAAGUAUUUGACUAGAGGACCUUGUCAACCUAGUGGUCAUGCUUUUCAACAAAAAUCAAUAGGAGGUGUAUUACGACGCUUUGAUCCACAUUGGUUUGAGCAGUACCCUGAUUGGUUAGAAGUUCAAUCUAGAAAACAAGGCGGAAGUGAUACUUUUGUAUCAACAGGGUUUUCUAGUUGGAAUAAGGCUGAUAGUUUCAGCAAGCAUUUGGUUGUUGUGGCUGUUGCAAAGAAGCAUUUUGAAGUUGGAGAAUUUUUCGAUAUGGUUCAUGUUCUGUUGAAUGUGGUUGGGACUUCUUGUAAAAGAAAAGUUAUGCUCACUGAAAGUAAUCGCAAGAGAAUGGAAGAAGAGAUUAGUAAGGGUAAAAUGAAGACUGGAACUGGGCUGAAUCAAGACCUUUCUCUUAAAAGACCUGGAUAUACUCGCUGGGGUUCACAUUACAAGACUCGUCUUGUUGUGAUGUUUCCAUGUAUUAUUGAAGUUCUUGAACAUAUUCAGAUAGAAGGCACAGACGGCACCAAAAGACAACAAGCAUAUGGUCUCCUCAAAUAUUUUCAGACAUUUGGUUUUGUCUUUCAUCUACACUUGAUGCUUGUUGUUUUGGGACUCACUAAUAAUUUGUCAAAGGCUCUACAGAAAAGGGACAAGAGAUCUUGA